CACGGGCGCCUUUAUUUUGCGUCACUUCCCGCUAUACUUCCUUUUCAUCUCAGCGAGACGACCGGGACGAGUCGCAAAAAUGAGUAAGGUCUCCAGGGACACGUUGUACGAAGCAGUGAAGGAAGUCCUGUCGAGCUCAUUGACCAAGUCAAGAAAGUUCACAGAGACGGUGGAGCUGCAGAUCAGCUUGAAGAAUUAUGAUCCCCAGAAGGACAAGCGUUUCUCCGGCACUGUCAGGCUGAAGACUCUGCCCAGGCCCAAAUUCUCCGUGUGCGUCCUGGGAGACCAGCAGCAUUGUGACGAGGCCAAAGUAGCUGAGCUGCCACACAUGGACAUCGAGGCUCUCAAGAAGCUCAACAAGAACAAGAAGAUGGUCAAGAAGCUUGCCAAGAAGUACGAUGCCUUCCUGGCCUCUGAGUCUCUGAUCAAGCAGAUCCCUCGUAUCCUGGGUCCUGGGCUGAACAAGGCUGGCAAGUUCCCCUCCCUGCUUACCCACAAUGAGAACCUGAACACCAAGGUGGAUGAGGUCAAAUCCACCAUCAAAUUCCAGAUGAAGAAGGUGCUCUGUCUGGCCGUGGCUGUCGGACACGUGAAAAUGACAGAGGAUGAGCUUGUCUACAACAUCCACUUGGCUGUCAACUUCCUUGUGUCUCUGCUUAAGAAGAACUGGCAGAACGUGCGUGCCCUCUACGUCAAGAGCACCAUGGGCAAACCCCAGCGCCUCUACUAAAGGACAGCUUUUCUAUCAAUAAAAAUGUGGAUGCUCCAAAGUU